CAGCCUCAGGAGGAGGAGGAGGAGCAGGAGCAGGAGCAGGAGGAGGAGCAGGAGGAGCAGGCCGCGCCAUGCUGCUUUUCUGUCCGAGCUGCGGGAACGGGCUGAUCGUGGAGGAGGGCCAACGCUGCCAUCGUUUCGCCUGCAACACCUGCCCCUACGUGCACAACAUCACGCGCAAGGUCACAAACCGAAAGUAUCCGAAGCUGAAGGAAGUGGACGACGUGCUGGGGGGAGCAGCCGCCUGGGAGAAUGUGGACUCCACGCCAGAGCCGUGCCCCAAAUGCGAGCACCCCCGGGCCUACUUCAUGCAGAUCCAGACACGCUCGGCGGACGAGCCCAUGACGACCUUCUACAAGUGCUGCAACGUGCAGUGUGGACACCGCUGGAGAGACUAGGCCGGGGCGGGGAGGGUGAGGAGGCUGCACGACAGAAAAAUGGUCUACUGAGGCGGAGGGAGUCAGAGAAGGACGGAGGGCUUUCCGGGGAUGGGGACGCCCCACGAGGCACCGCGUCCAGAGGGAAUUAAACCUAGGUGUUAGGGUUUCUAAAAUCUCCCCCCGACAGGCCUCGUCCCACGGUGCAGGGUGAACGCAGGAGUUCUGGAAACGGGACCUUUUCGCCCCGAGUUCCCUGCGCCUUGGCAAAGGGUGUUUGUCCCUGGGCUCACAGAUUACCCUUGCCAAGGGGCAGGGGCGUGCCGAAGGGCAGUGAGAGAAGGGGGUUGGGGGCAACUGAAACCAGAAGACCUGGCCUUUCAUUCUGGCUCUGCCACGAACCCGCUGCUGCAAAUUUGCGGACACAUCACUUAAAGGUCCGUGGGCCUUGGCUCUUUCAACUGGAAAAUGGGUGCGAGGUGGCAUUGUGAACCCUGGGUGGGACAGGGAUAACUUCGGUUCUGUGCCUGCAAUAAACGCGUAACGAAUGAAUA